UCAGUGUAGCCUGUGCCGGGGACGCAGCUACGUAUAGCGUAUCCUUGACCGGCACGUUGAUUUGCAUGGGAGCGGUGUGUUGAAGGCAGUAAUCUUUGAAAUGUUUGCUUUUGGACUGACCGUUGUCAGACAUGGAGAAACGAGAUACAAUAAGGAGAGAUUACUUCAAGGUCAAGGUGUAGAUGAGCCUUUGUCUGCAACAGGAAUAAAGCAGGCAGAAGCAGCAGGCCUGUUUCUUCAAAAUGUUGUAUUUACAAGUGUAUUUUCAAGUGACCUUCAACGUGCAAAGCAAACGGCAUCUAUAAUUCUUUCUUACAACAGUAAUACCAGUGGGAUAGAAAUUUGCUAUGAUCCCAGGCUUCGUGAGAGAGGAUUUGGUGUUGCAGAAGGCAAACCUAUUGGCGACAUGAAGACCAUGGCAAAAGCUGCAGGCCAGCCAUGCCCACAUUUUACUCCUCCUGGAGGAGAAACUUUAGAGCAGGUGAGAUCUCGAGUUAAAGUGUUCAUUAACACACUGUGCCAGGAGAUUGUAGCCAAGCAAGAAUCACAGCCAUUUAACAAAGUGAGUCCGUUGAAAUCGAUACAAGACUAUUUGAAUAAUACUUCUGAAAGACUACCUGCUACAACAAAUUGUGUAGAGUUACAAGAAAACUGCCAGGAAUCUUCAAAUGGAACUCUAGACAUCCAUGCACAUGUGCUGGUGGUCAGUCAUGGGACUUAUAUAAGAAAUAUGGUUAAAUAUUUUGUUGAUGACCUUCAGUGCACUUUUCCAAAGUCUAUGAAGAUGUCCCACGCCUUUUCUGCUUGUCCUAACACUGGAAUGUGUCACUUUGUUGUCACAGUUGAUCUUGGUAAUAAAUGUCCAAGAACUGUUGAUUGUAUUUUUAUUAAUAGAAAAGAUCACCUUGAGGAUAUCAAAGAUAACUAACUCUAAUUAUUAACUAAAUUAAGAAUUUGGUAUGCAUACUAGAUAGACAGACAAUUGUGUUUUAAGGCCUUAUGUAAUGUAAAUUGUGAUUACUUGUAUUCACAAGUAAGAAAAGAUUUCCAAUGUAGUUGUCUUCCUUCUUUUGCAGAAUUUUAUAGGAAAACAUUUUUACUGGUGUCAGUAAUCAAAUGAGUUUUAUUAUAUGUUUGUGUCUCCAGAUAAAAUGUAUUUUAAGCUCAGUUUAGGAUGUAGUUUGAAAAUCUCCUAAAUGGUUGUUAAUUUGCACUUUAAAUUUCUAACCAGAAGUUUGCUGGUAGUCAGUAGAGAACUUAUUAACAUAUUAAAUAUUUAAAAAAAAAAACGUUUACGGUGUAUGAAGAGCUGGAUUAAAUUCAUACAUUAUUGUUUUAGUAGUAAAAAUGUGAAAGGCUUUCAGAAUAUUUUUUCCAGAAGUCUAUAUCAGGAGUACUGUCUGUGUGUGUAUCAGUAUUGCUUAUGGACACUUAUUCAGUUGUCUGUAUAUGUUUAAAAAUACAAUACACCUUUUAAUUCCUUUAUUUCAAUUUUUGUACUCAGAAUCUGUAUUUGCUUUGCUGCUCAAUACAAGUUUAAAACCGUUCCCUUUUCAGUUAGUAAAUUUUAAGGUUGUCUAGACAUUUUAUGUCAUUGAGGGUGUUUUGUCAUACUUUCACAGCUUGCCAUUCAAAAAGCAACUAAGCAUCACCCUUGCUGUGUACCAGGCUAAAGAAGAAGCUUUACAGAGUGUUGUGGAUUGGUUGAGAAUUCAUGAAACUCGUGUUCAAUAAGAAACAAAACCUAGGUAUAUAUACUCUAACACACUAUAAUUUAUUUUGGUCUUACAAAGUGUUAAAACGUUAAUCUAUACCAGUGUUUCCCAACCUCGGUCCUGGGGCUCCCCUGUGGCUGCAGGUUUUUGUUCCAGCCAGCUUCUGUUUUUAAUUGGACUCCUGGGCUAAUUAAGUGAUGUGUUAUUUCCCCAAGUUCUGUGUCUUGGGAAUAAUAUAGAAAUUAGAAAACUAAGUUUGGUUAAAAAAAAUAUAUGUAUUAAUCCAUUAUUUACUAAUUAGUGAGAUUGAUGCUAAAGUAGUUGUAGGAUUUGAUUAUUCAGUGUUGCUUGCCUGGGUGUCUGCUCUGCUCAUUUUAAAUUGUCAUUAAUAAGAUACAAACGCAGGGAGAAAACUGCACAGAGAAAGGGCAAAAUAUAAUGAAAUCAACAAGCAUUUAAAUCUAUAGCAAAAUUAGAAAUAUUUCUAAAUGUCUUAUAAAUCAUGCUGUUGUGCUUUUGUGAAUGUAGAAUAAGAGAAAAAAUGGCAGCUAAUUAAAUGAGAUCAGUGUUAUCAGGUGUUGUCACUGAUUAGGAAGCUGGUUGGAACAAAAAUCUGCAGUCACGGUGGGGCCACAGGACCGAGGUUGGGAAACAUUGAUCUAGUACACUUCAUUGAAAAUGUCCAGUAUUAAUAUCAGGUUUAAAUAAUGUACCGGUAAUUUGUUUUCAUUGUUUUUGUUUUUUUUUAAAUAACGCACAAGGAGAAAUAAGAUGCCAUGCAGGUAUUUCAGAACCUUUUAGGAAUAAUAAUGGUGUGCUUCUUUCUAUGAAAAAUGUUAUAUGUAGAGCUUUUAGACCAUCAGUACAGAUAGGAGUGAAUGGUAAGGCAAAAUGUUAUAAUUUUAAAAAGUGACGGUUAUGGGAACUAUUGUGGUAUAAUGUAUAUGCAUAUGCAUUUCAGACUGUUAGCCCAAUUUAAGUUAAGAUGGGUAGUUUUACUGUGAUUUUAAUUAACUGAAGUAAUUCCUAAAUAUCUAAUGUGCAGAAUUAAGAAAAUAAGAAGAACUGAACAAUAAUAAAUAUGUAUUGCACUUGACUUUUAAGACACAAUCUUGGAAAAUGUGUGCUGUAUAGACUACAGAGUUAGAAAUUAAACAAGUUUCACAAUAAGUA